AUGGCCUCCUCCCUCAUCUAUGCGCUGCACCCUUCGUCCGCCGUAACCUUCAGCCAGCACCUUCCGCCGCCCUCGGAUCCCUACACGCGCGUCCCCGCACACGCAUCCAGCGUGAAGGCGCUUACAAUAGAUAGAUUCGAAGGCCGGUACUUACUUUCUGGCGGUGCCGACAGUUCGAUACGAAUCUGGGAUCUUGAGGCUUCUAUGACACAGACAGCCACUGGGGCGGCGCAUCUAGCCUUGUCAGCGGCGGGCAAGGAGAAGGGAGGCAAAGGACUAGGUAUUACGCAGCUUGCGUUUUAUCCCUUUGAUUCCCUGGCUUUCCUGAGCUCGAGCUAUGAUCACACGGUUAAACUGUAUUCGAGCGAAACGCUCGUCGCGUCGGCAGAGUUUGAUCUCGAUGCCGUCGUAUACAAUAUUGCGCUCUCGCCGAUUGCAUCGCACCUUCUUGUUGCGUGCGCCACGCAGCAUCCAAACGUACGACUUGUCGAUCUAAGAUCGGGCGCGACGACGCAUAGUCUUGCAGGACAUGUGGGCGCGGUGCUGGUCACUGCCUGGAGUCCUGUCCGUGACCACAUUCUCGUUAGCGCAGGCGUGGAUGGUAGUGUGCGCUUCUGGGACGUGCGGCGUAGUGUUGGAGAAUUGGGCGCCUUAGAUUUGGAAGACUCGGUUGGUGCUGGACUUAUUGGACACAAGACGUCUCCAUCUGCUUCACAUGCGAGCAAGUCGGUGCCUAAACAAGCGCAUAGAGGCCCCGUCAACGGCCUCACAUGGACACAGGAUGGAAGACAUGUAGUCAGCUGCGGUCAUGAUGCCCAAAUCCGCGUCUGGGACACAAGCACGGGUGCGAAUACGCUCGUGAAAUUUGGACCCAUGGUUAGGAACUCUGGACUUGCGUCCCGCAUUCCCAUUCUCGCUCCCACCCAGUACGUGCAGCCACAUGCUGAUGUUAUGUUCUAUCCAAAUGGACAUGAGAUACUCGCCUAUCAAGUUUUUGACGGCAAAUUGAUCCGUCGACUUGGUCGCACAGAUAAUUACGCGUCGAAUACGAACCCGCUAGUUCAGUCCAAAGAUGCAAUCACAAGUCUUGCCUGGCGACCGCACAAUGUGGAAAUGUACUCUGCGCAUGCUGACGGUAAUAUUGUAGCGUGGACAGCGCGGACAGAGGAAGACGCCGAAUUGGAUGAAGAGGAAGAAAUGGAGAGAGAAGAGAGCGAGGGGGACAGGAAGAGGAAGCGAGGCGUGCUAGAAGAGCUUUAUCAGGGAUUGACCAAGAGACCGAUCAUGUUUGGAAAUAUGGAGGUGUAA